AUGUCCGCGGAAGACAAAGUGAAUUCGGAAUUUAUUGCAUCGGUGUAUGGUAAACCGGUCAUUAUCGGACUCUUUACUGGAGUUAUCUACAAGGGAAUCUUGGGAAGUUUAGAUGGCUUUCUGAACGUAGUUUUGGAACAGGCUGAGGAGUAUAACGAUGGAAAGUUCGUUGCUCGCUUUAAUGACUGCUUCCUGCGUGGUAAUAACAUAAUGUACAUUGCUCCAAAUGAUGAGAUUUAAGUGUCGUAUGGGAUGUUUUACUAAUUGUUUGUUUGGAAAAUAGAUCGCUUUCGUUGAAUUGGACAGUUUUCGUUUGCCAUUAUGUAUUGCAAGUAAAAAAGCCGUUUUUAUAAAUCUCUUCUAGAUCUAUUGCCCUUAGAUAUGAUAGGAACAAUUCCAUAGAUUCCCAAAGAAUGUGAUAUUCCCGCGGCAAGACUUGUAACUACCUUUCCCCAUGAUACUCAUUAUUUCUUUUCUUUCUCUCAUGAGAAAGGUAGGUAUUGAAAUGGUUUUCUUGCGCUUGCGACUGAGCUAACUGCUUCCCAGUUAUCUCUUAUGAAAGUGCAAAUAGUGUUAUCCUUGAUGUUGAGCCUCCUUGCUUUGUGGCAGGGAGGGUUUUUGGAUGGGAGUAUAACGUUAUGUAGAUUUUGCAGUAAGAAGGAGUAAGUGGAGUCGCCUUGGUUUUUUGUUUUUGUUGUUUUGUGAACAAGGAUGAACUAGCAGUUUGCCGUUUACCCGACAGACAGACCCGUGGUGAAAAGCAAGCGUUCUGAAGUUCACAUUAGUGUGU